AUGGGACAACGUUCCCAGCAGGGUGGCAGGGCCACUGCGUCCAGGCUCUCACACAGCCCACGGCCUGGGGACGGUGACACGACCUCACCGCUCUCCCGCUGCAAUAUCGACCCUGCUGGGACACAGCACGGCGUGCCGGGGACAUGGAGGACAUGUAGGGGACGACAGAGGAGAGGCCGGAGCUGCUGCAGUGGGUGCCGAAGGCUGCCCGUGCUGCCCGGCUCACCGGGGCUCCCUGCUGCCGGAGUUGGACGCGCAGCUGUCCGGGAGGAGCCGAGGCCCCGUGCGGCGCUGCGGGGCUCCAGGUGGAACAGGAGGCCUCAGCGGGCUGCUGCUUCUCUCCCUGAGCAAUGGCUCCUAACGAAGAACUUUCAAAGCCCCACUUAUGGCACUGAGAGCGUUUCUGGGGGGCUCUGCUGCGACCUCACCCCCGACGAGGAGGAGACAGGAGAACGAACCGAGCCUUUAGGUGAGCGAAGAAGCGUUAGAAAGGUGUCAGCUGUGCCCGUCGUACACAGCGCGGCGCGGUGCCCCCCUCUGUCGGCCCGGAGCCCACCGAGCACAGCAGCGCCAGAGGAGCCUCAGUGCGCGCAGAGCGGUGCUGAGCUCCGUGAGGAGCUCCGUUUCUCCGUGUCCAAAAUGCGCCGAAAACGACUCAAACUGCAUUCCCUCGUGGGAGAUCACUUUGAACAUUCCCCAGAAAUCACACCGAAACUGUUACAGUUACAAGUAAUUAAAUUUAUUAGACCUCUAUAAUUUUUUUUAUAGUCAGUUUUGGCCAAUUUACACUUUUUUUUC